AUGUCGAAUGACCCCAAGAGUGCCCCCUUCUCGGCGCACACCCUUGACAAGCUGGACUUGACCAGGGGAGCCGCUACCAGUGCCUCCAACAGUACCUCAGGACAUGUUGCCGUAUCGAGACCUCCUCCAACCUUUGACAGUUUCCCAGAUAUCGCAAUCCCUAAAUUUUCGGCAGCACCGCCCUCAACAGCAAUCUCAGGAGGAUCAAUCGCAACCGCACAAGCCCCAUCCUUCGCAAUCCCCAGCUUCUCAUCCUUCCCUAUCAAUACUGGCCCACUACAAUCACCAUCAAUAACGCCGCCGGAUAUCAAGAGGAAACAUAAGAAAGAGAAAUCGGAUUCUCGUGGUGACGAUCGGUAUCGCGACGUGGACAGAGAUAGCGAUCGGGAGAGUGGCAGCCGGAUACAUCGAUCCAAGGACGAGAAACGACAGAAAGAGGAUGAGCGCGUAUUGGGUCAUCAUCGCAAGGAGAAGCGGAAAGGCCGGAGUAUCAGUCGAGAAGACCAUCAUCGUUCUCGCAAGGAUGAUAGGAGGACCGGGGACAAAGAAAGGGACAAGGAACGAGACAGGGAGCGCGAGCGCGAUAGAAAUGAUAGAGAGGGACAUCGGGACAGGGAUCGGCACAGCAGCCAUCGCGACAAGGACAAGGAUAGAGAUAGGGAUAGAGAGAGAGCCAGAGACAGGACACAAUCAGAUCGGCGCCAAGACGAUGAUCGGUUCAGUCGGAGGAGCGGACGAGAGUCCAGUCGCGAGCGCCACUUAUCAUCUCGAUCGUCAUCGACCAAGGCGAUUGCAACAUCGAGGGAGAAGAGUCCCGACAGGAAGAAGGCGCGAGUCAUCUUCGAGGAAGAGAAACAUAAUAUGAGUUGGAAGCAGCGGCGGGAUCAUGACCAACAGGAAGAAGCCGAUCGGAAACCUAGCGCCAAUCCUGCAGGAAGACCUUUGUCUCAGUCCCUCAAUUCCAAAGCUACAUCAGGCAGGAAUAAUAACAACAGCAGCAAGCACCAGCCUGGAGACUGGGUCUUUGAUGUUGCAGGCGAUCAGGAGAUCUUUCGAUACGGACUCAAUUCUUACACAGUUCCUCUUUACUCAAGAGCCGGUGCUGGCCGUGUGAUGGGACUCCCCAACACGCUUCGGAUCGACUAUGAAAAGACCAAAGCUAUCGGGAACAGGGGCAUCGUAAUGAGGCAAGGCGGCAAGGGUUUAAAGUCGACGCGUUACUCAGAUCCGAAUGCUACUUGGCGCGACCAGAGUCAGGAAUACAAGCGGAUCUCGAGAGCCAACGCCGAGGAACUCGCUUUGAAACUGAAUCUUGCCCAGGAGGAUCCUUCAUACAUCUCUUUGGACAUUCGGUCAGGACCCAAGGCGAAGCGAUUGCUGCAUGACAGUGAGGAUGAGAGUGAGGGGGAGGAUGAAGGCGACCGUAACAACGGCAGAUCAUCCAACCCGAGAAAAACGGCGAAUUACAGAGAUAUCCAUGGCAAGUCCGUCUACAAGGAAGAGGACGAGGAUUUACUGCGGACUACGAAUGAUCAGGAAGAGGAGGGUGCUGAGAGUGCCCUGGAUGUCUUGAUGAGGCGCAGAAUGAUGCUUGACGGAGACUUAAGAAAGGAACCGAAACAACCGGAAAAGUGGCUCGAAUUUGUAGCUGUAGAGGACGCAAUCGACUUGGUCACCAACCGACGUUCAGCGGCUUCAGUGGCUGCCCACUCUGCCAGCCACGCGGAGAUCAGGCUCAGUAUUCUCGACCGCGCUCUUCAGUCCAACCCAAUCAAUGAACAUCUCCUACUUGAGUACAUGGAUACCUGCCGCCUCUGCUGGACACCCGCCAAGGUGCUGACCAAAUGGGACGAACUACUACAGUCAGACCGGAUUCUGACCGCGUGGCCUGGACUCUGGAUCGAGUACUUGGACUUUCGACAGCGGCACUUUCUGAGUUUUUCUGUCAAGAGCUUUAUUUGCGUUUUGCAGGAUGCUUUGGAUCGGCUGGGUCAGUUGGCGAACUCGACUUGGAAGACGCUGCAGAGGGUGUCGGACAAGACAGAGCUUCAGUGCCAACUUGCCAAAGUUGAGCUAGUGAUGGUUCAUGUCCUCUCACGCGCCUGGACUUUUUUGAAGCAAGCAGGAUACAUUGAGCGCGCUCAGGGAUCACUGCAGGGGCAAGUGGAGUUUAUAUUCAACAUGCCUUCGAGUUUAUUGUCAGAGUCAUGGCAGGUUCAGAUCAGAAGUUUGGAAGAGUUUUGGGACUCAGAGUUGCCUCGGUUCGGAGAGAAGGGGGCCAAGGGUUGGGCACAUUACGUGACAGAGGACGAUGAGGUUGAGAUGGAAUAUUUACUCCAGCAGACCGGACUCCCUUCGAACGCUCCCAAUGUCGAUGAGAUGCUGAAGUCCUUUGCCGACAAUGAAGUCGAUCGAUACGUCUACACACAAUGGGCCAAGACCGAAAAGGAACUAAACACCCGCUGCUGGUUCCCCAUUCGUACCACGGAGGACAUCCCGGAGCAGAUGGAGGACGAUACGUUCGGAGUGGUUCUCUUUGACGACAUCAGGCCCUUUAUUGUCCAACUGUACACUUCAGAGGCGCGUCUGCAACUCAUCGACUGUACGUUCAACUUCUUGGGUCUGCCUGUAAACUCGUUUGCGGGAUCAAAUGGACUCCGAGCGUCCUCUGCAACAACACCUACUGGCGGCGGCUCGGGGACAACAUCAGUCAGGAAAACGCCCAACACCAGUGUCUACAACCCCUUCUUCCAUGACGGUCUUCUACUGAACCUGGGAAUGGACUCGAAUCAGGUGGCAUUUAGUUCCAGCGUAGGACUGAGGCGCUUCUUUCCCGAGUUUGAGAGCAAGAAAAAGUCGAUCGAGCGUAUCCUGAAGGAACUGGAGCGGGAAGAACAGUUUCUGGAACCUGUGGAGCAGGACUGGUCGUGUGUCUGGAGUCUACCUCUACACAACUUCCCACAGGGUGUUGAUACAAUCUUUGGACAGCCCUAUCAUCCCACGGCGGGAAUGAAGCUGAGCAGUCGAUAUCCUUGGGCUACCGUGAGUACGCAUGAGGAGACGCAGCAGUCCAACAAGCUUUUCAUUCGUUUAUCGAUCUACCACUUGAUGUACGAAGGUCUGGUGACACUAUCAGAGUCCAAGGCACAGAAGCUGGCCAAAAAGUACCUGAGUGGCGAUCGGAUGGAUCUAAUCCUCUGGAAUGGAUUCGCACAAUCCGAAAAGUCGCAAGGGCGUAUACCAGAGUCUCGUAAGGUGUAUUCGACAGCCUUGUCAAUGUACCCGUCUUUCCCGGUAGAACAUCAGACCCGCGCGCCACUGAUCCAUCGCUACUAUGCCCAGCUAGAAUGGGAGCAAGGACGCCCAAAAGCCGCACUGCUUGUCUUGAUGUCUCUUGUCGAUAAAGCACCGUUGACCCUGCCUGCAGACGACAAGGAGGAUGCCCCGAUGCCUGGCCCGACACGGUUACUGAUCUCCCGACAAAAGUUUUCGGAAGAGGUAGCCAGGAUCAACCUUGUCCAACCGAGCUCUGCAGGAGCAAAUGGGAGCAGGUGGAUCGAGGCUGCUCUGGAUUGGAUUGUGUGCUUUGCCUGGUUCGAAUACCUCUCUGCUGGUCCGGGAGUUGGGGUCUCGCCGGCAAUCAAGGUCUUUGAGAAUGCGAUCCAGGAGUUGGAUUUCAGGAACUCGGAUGCUGAUAUUGUUUUGCCAGCAGCAGUGGAAAAGGAGCAGAAGGGUCGUGGUGGUGGUGGUGGCGGCAUGGGUGGAUCGAAGGUCUAUUCAUCGACACUUUUGACUUCCUUGUCGGAUGAUCUGGGUCUCGAGUCGUUGACUGCGAAGGGUCCCCCUACGAAGAAGAAGAUCUGUACGGGGCCUGAGGCCGAGUUGGUGUGGGUCGAGAUGGCGAAGCUGGUUUACUUUCAUUCUCUGCAAUCAUCGUCUGCCCAACAGCGCGGCUCUCGACCCACUGGUACUGGGGUUGGUGCGGGUGCUGGAGCAGGUGGAUUCCAACCUCGUGAUUUGAGGCGAGUGGUCCGAGAUGGAUUGGUCCGGUUCCCGAAUUGCUCGAUCUUACAUUCGUUGUUCUUUUGGACAGAGGCCCAACAGCGGUACCAUGGGCGUGUCCGGACCUGGGUCCAGGAACAAGUCUCUCGUCGGCCUGGUUCCGGAUCCGGAUCAAGCGGCGGUGAUGGUGGUGGCGACACUAGUGCCAGAGGGAGUCUAGGGUCGUUGUCUUCAUUCAUCCCGGCAAGCAAGGCACCACUGUGGACGCUGGGAGUGUUUUAUGAGCUGUGGCACCAGGAGCCCUAUAACCCGCACGCUGUGCGAUCACUCCUGGAGUCCGCAUUGGAUUCGUCCAAGACCACGUCAUUCAGUUCCAGUCCUAACCUUUGGAUGAUUUAUAUCGAGCUGGAGUUGAGGGAGAGUGCUCGGCAGCGCGAGGUCAACUCUUUGGCGCCGGUUGUCCGGAAAGAGAAAGCUGGGUCUCGUGGAAGUGGGAAGUCUCAGGACAGAUCCAAACCGGUUCUUCCGUCGUCGUCGUCGUCGUCGUCAUCUUCCUCAUUCUCAACGUCAAAGGACAACAACAACAACACGGACCAAGAAGGAGGACAGGAACUUGAAACGAGUGCAAAGGUCAAACAGUUGUUGAUGCGGGCUUUGAAUGAUUGUCCGUGGUACAAGGAUCUGUACCUCCUCGCAUUCGAACCUCGAAUGAAGCAGUUGUUUUCGUUGGACGAGUUGGAUCAGUUGUACCAGACGAUGCUCGAGAAGGAAAUUCGGGUCCGGUGCGAAAUUCCGGAGCGGUUGUCUUCUGGUGGGACUCCAAAGGAGGAGAACGAGCCAAGUGGGGAAGAUAAGGAUGUCCACAUGGACUCGGAUUAA